CGCGCGCGCAGCAGCAGCAGCCCCAGCCGCCGCCUCGCGCCCCGUCGGUCCCGUGCCACGGUGCCACGGUGCAGCGGUGCCACGGUGCAGCGAUCGCCCGGGCUCGAGCCGCUCCCGGGCCACGGCAGCCCUCUAGCCGCUCGCCCGGCCUCCCGACCCUUCCCCCCCUUCCCCUCCCCCCCCCCUCCCUUGCCCCCGGACCCGCGAAGAUGGUGGACCGCGAGCAACUGGUGCAGAAAGCCCGGCUGGCCGAGCAGGCGGAGCGCUACGACGACAUGGCUGCGGCCAUGAAGAACGUGACGGAGCUGAAUGAGCCUCUGUCCAACGAAGAGCGGAACCUCCUGUCGGUGGCCUACAAGAACGUGGUCGGGGCCCGGCGUUCCUCCUGGCGGGUGAUCAGCAGCAUCGAGCAGAAGACCUCGGCCGACGGCAACGAGAAGAAGAUCGAGAUGGUGCGCGCCUACCGGGAGAAGAUCGAGAAGGAGCUGGAGGCGGUGUGCCAGGACGUCCUGAGCCUGCUAGACCACUACCUGAUCAAGAACUGCAGCGAGACGCAGUACGAGAGCAAGGUGUUCUACCUGAAGAUGAAGGGGGACUAUUACCGCUACCUGGCGGAGGUGGCCACGGGGGAGAAGCGGGCCGCGGUGGUGGAGUCGUCGGAGAAGGCCUACAGCGAGGCCCACGAGAUCAGCAAGGAGCACAUGCAGCCCACCCACCCCAUCCGGCUAGGCCUGGCCCUCAACUACUCGGUCUUCUACUACGAGAUCCAGAACGCCCCGGAGCAGGCCUGCCACCUGGCCAAGACGGCCUUUGACGACGCCAUCGCCGAGCUGGACACCCUCAACGAAGACUCCUACAAGGACUCCACCCUCAUCAUGCAGCUGCUCCGCGACAACCUCACGCUCUGGACGAGCGACCAGCAGGACGACGACGGGGGCGAGGGCAACAACUAAGGCGCCCCCCCCUCGCCGCCCCCCACCCCCCCCGAGAUCGACCUUACAGUUGAGGCCACCAGGAGGGUAGCUGACUGAAAAGGACAGCAAAGUGAGGAGUGAGGCCGUGCUUGAGAGCAAAAUGUUCCACUCCCCCACUUGGUCAGAGGGGGGCCACCUGAGGAAGCUGAAUCAAAGGUCUUAAUUAAACAAGCCCCGGGGCGAGGCUGGAGAG